UACGAAGAAUCCAUUUCCGCUUGAUGCGGGCACCAAGGAGACAGAGGAUAUAAGCUAAUGGAUGAACCCCCCACUAAAGAUGAGAAUUUUUAUGAAAAAAAGAAAGUUAUGAAAGAUACGGUCCACGUCUAAAGUUGUGGUCAUUGUAGCACGGAGACUCAGAGAGAGAGAGAGAGAGAGAGAGAGAGAGAGAGAGAGAGAGAGAGAGAGAGAGAGAGAGAGAGGCUGCUCCCCCGGUGGUGGACUGGCGGCCUGGCCUCAUAAGUCACAACCAGAUAGCAGAGCGAUCAAAAGUGGAGGCUAGCAAGUAGUAAGCAAGAAAUGGAAACACCUACUCCUGCACCUCUCUUCUAGCUUCCAUCAAUCUCUAGAUUCUAGAAGCUAAGCCUUUCAGCUAGCUUCAACUUCAAGUCAAGUGCAGCUUCAGAAUCCAGUGACUAAUGAUCACUGGUGAGUGAAGGAAGCCAAGCAGCCAGUGCAAGUAGUGUACAACACAGCGGGGCUGAGGCUUAGUAGCUAGUUCCCGGCCAUAAGCUUCUUCAAGCUGCCGCUGCUGCAAUGGAGGAGCAGCUUAACCCACUGGCCGUGACGCACCUGCUUCAGCACACGCUGCGCAGCCUCUGCACCCACGACGGCUCGCAGUGGGUCUAUGCGGUCUUCUGGCGGAUCCUCCCCAGAAACUACCCACCCCCCAAAUGGGAUCUCCAGGGUGGCCUGUAUGACCGAACCAGAGGGAAUAGGAGGAACUGGUACGGUGAUUCCUUACUGAAUUUCUUAUGGAUUCGUGUGUUGUUUGUACGUGAUUCCUGGGGUGCAAUAUUUUCGUCUAGGAUCCUGGCAUGGGAGGAUGGAUUCUGCAACUUUGCAGCCUCUGCUUGUGACCACGAGGACGCAGCUGCCGCCGCCUACACGGAAUGUGCUGCAGGGCAGGAGGUGAAGGGCCUGCAGCCUGAGCUCUUCUUCAAGAUGUCCCAUGACAUCUACAACUACGGUGAAGGGUUGAUAGGGAAAGUGGCAGCCGACCACAGCCACAAGUGGGUGUUCCAGGAGGCCCAGGAGCACGAGAUCAACCUCAUCUCCUCCUGGAGCAACCCUGCCGAUUCCCAUCCGAGGGCAUGGGAGGCUCAGUUCCAGUCCGGUAUCAAGACUAUUGCUCUGGUCGCCGUCAGAGAAGGCGUCGUACAGCUAGGCUCCAUGAAGAAGGUGGUGGAGGACUUGAGCUACGUGGUGAUGCUGCGCCGGAAGUUCGGCUACCUCGAGAGCAUCCCGGGGGUGCUGCUCCCGCACCCGUCGUCGGCAGCGUUUCCGGCUGGCGGGUGCGUCGGUGGUCCCGCGGACGCGGCCUGCAGCUGGCCACCGGGACUCGUGCCGUCGAUGGAGCUCUUCGACCCCUACGGCCAGGCCGCAGCCGCGGCAGCUCAGAUGCACAUCGUGCCGUCGAUGAGCAGCCUGGAAACGCUCCUAUCGAAGCUUCCCUCGGUCGACCUUGCGGCGGCUGGCGCCGGUGGCAUGGCGAUGGUGGCCAAGGAGGAGGUGGACGCCGCCCACCACGCCGAGUGCCACGGCAUGGACGACGCGGCCGCAGGGAGCGGCAUUGUUGGCCAUGGUGGCGAGAGCACUAGCGUUGCUGCUGCUGCCGCCACUACUUCCCCGGUGUCUUACUACUUCAACGUGGCUGAGCCCAGUGAGGACUUUUAGUCUGUCUCCGUCUCAAGUUUGUGCAUGCAUGCGUCGAUCAGCAAUAUGAUUACUCUACAAACCGUACGGCAACGUAAGUACGUGCCCGAUCGAUCGAACCGUUAUAAGAUCAACAGAGCUGUACGUACGUUCAGCGUGGUCAAGCUGGUGAAUGUGUAUGUUCCGUGUGAGGCAGUAGCAUCACCUAAUAAAAGAACAUGACAUUAUGGCA